AUGCUUACUGUCUCGAGUCUCUUAGGUCCGGGUGUCUUCCCACCUCUCCCGUCAGCGUUCAGUUUGGUCCGCCGCACAUCCCACCCGGGCGUGAGCCAGGGGGUAGGGGGGUGCGCACGGGGGAAGGGUGUUUAAUUUGCUGGAGGUGUGUUCCGCCCUUGCCAUGUCGACGGGGUGGGGGGAAACCAGCUGUCUAAUUGGUUUGGGUCUCUAAAGUUUGCCUUUGCUUAACAGGUGUUCGGGGGGGGGAGGUGGAUACGAGUGGGGUAGUACCAGGAUCCGGGGUCUGCCAGAUCAAAAGGAUCGGAAGCAGUGAGAACCAACACAAUCAAGGUCUAAAAAGGAAGAAAGAGAUGAUAGCUUCUUUGGUGGAGAAGAAGUGCCAGCGCAUGAUCAUGUCUCUUGCUGGUUCGUCCCGAGGGCCUUUUGCUCUUAGUGCCCUGUGGGCCCUGUCGAUUGUCCACAGGUGUUCAGGUAUAUCAGGUAGUUGA